GGGACAUUUGGUUUGGGGAAUUUUUUAGGGUUUUUUAUUUCAGACGAAGAGGUCAAUCUGGUGACUCAGAGAAGGGAAGAGAGUUUUUGUGUUAAAUCGACCAUUUGAGGUUUCUAAAUCCACAUUGCACAACGCUGAAAUUUUCAAAUGGAGAAGCCGAGGAGGAAUCGAAAGGAUGGAACUUUGGCUAAGAACAAACCAACAUCUGAAAAUCUGGAUACUGAAAUGGAUGAUGAAUCUGAUGGUAAAAACGAAAAUACCAGUAGUGAUGAUUGUGAGGAUUCAGAUUUUGAGGCAGUUGAGGAUGCUGAAGAUGCUCAAGAAUCAGAUAGUGAUGAUUCUGAGGGAAGCUUCGGUGGAUCAAGGAGGAACAACCGAGAUCCAGAUGUGAUUAUUAGAUGGAUGCCUGAUGGUUCCAGCAAGACUGUUUACGGGGGAAACCAAACUGAAACCAGGAUUGUACAAAAUCCUGCAUUUCCAGUUUCAGGUUACUAUCCACGAUAUCCUGCUCCAGCUUCUCAACAGUGGUCAUCAUCAGCAAACCUUGGGAGACCCGUAUUCAAAAAUAUGCCUUCUAUGUAUAAAGAUGCAGCAACUGCCAAUGGGAACAAGCACAAAAAGGGAGAUUCAAGUGAGACUGCACAUAAGGGGGAGAAUUGAAAUUCUUGGGAAAUGAAUUGGAUUUUAUGGUGCAUUGUAUCUGCAGCAUUGGUGGAUGUCAUUUUUGUGUAGGUCAGCUGGAUUUUAUGGUUGAUUAGUAUAUAGCACUUAUUGUUGAAGGAUGGUUUUGAGUAGGCACAUUUGCAACCAUUUGCGGUUGUGAUUAUCUUUCUUAGUAGUAGGCAGAGUUCUGCUCAGUUAGAACUUUAACUAAUUUUCUAGAAUGUGUUAUAAGCACAUUUGAAUUAGAAUACUAGGUUUUGUUUUGUUUCACUUGCAGUAAUAUUUGGUAUGGACCUAUGUUUUGGAGUUACCUAUUAAAGGAAUAGAGGUUCC